AUGAUGUGAAACAAGAUGGAUGGGAUGCAGGGUCAUUGGGCCGAUCGAUCCAUCACACAAACAUAUAUAACUGGCUACUGAUGCAGGGUCGAUCAGUCGCUAUAGCUGAUAUAUUUACCGACCGAUGGCAGGUGUCACAUCGGAUUCUUCACAGGAGACGAUGAGUCACCGGUGGAACCUCGCCGGCAUGACGGCGCUCGUCACCGGAGGAACCAAGGGGAUCGGGCUUGCCAUCGUGGAGGAGCUGGCCGGGCUGGGCGCCAAGGUGCACACCUGCGCACGCAACGCCGCCGGCCUGGACAAAUGCCGGCGGCGAUGGCAGAGCAAGGGCCUCCACCAGCUGGUCACCGCCUCCGUCUGCGACGUCUCCGUGCGCGGCGACAGGGAGGCCCUCGUCGCCACGGUCCGCGACCUCUUCCACGGCAAGCUCCACAUCCUCGUCAACAACGCCGGCCAAUCCCUCUACAAGGCGGCCGCGGACACCACGCCGGAGGACUACGCCCGCAUCAUGGCCACCAACCUCGACCCCUGCUUCCACCUCUCCCAGCUCGCGCACCCGCUGCUCCGCCAAGCCGGGGCCUCCUCCGUGCUGCUCAUCUCCUCCGUCACCGGCUACAUCGCCUACCCGGCGCUCUCGGUUUACUCGCUCACCAAGGGGGCCAUGCACCAGCUCGCCAGGAGCCUGGCCGCCGAGUGGGCGACGCACGGCAUCCGCGUCAACUGCGUCGCGCCGGGCGGCAUCGACACCGAUAUCUCCACCACCACGCUCGCCACCGACCCAACCAUGGCGCGGAGGCUCGCCGACAUGGAGACGGCGCGGGUGCCCAUGCGCCGCUUCGGCAAGCCCCACGAAGUCGCCGCGGUCGUCGCCUUCCUCUGCAUGCCCGGCGCCGGGUACAUGACGGGCCAGGUCAUAUGCGUCGAUGGCGGACGCACAAUAGCAGCCAAGCUAUGACAAUACACAUGUAACCGUGAGGAGCCGCAUUCAUGGCUAG